AUGGCGUCAGUCACGAAAUUGACGACGUCAGUGCUUUCGAGCACUGUCCUCCCAGCACUGCCUAAGACCACUUGCAAUGCUCGCGCUGCACUUCCAGCGGCUGGAUUUCCGCAGGGUCAGCUCCGCCUCCACCAAAACCGCCUUAGAGCUAGCUUCCAGAAGAGCCUUCAUCUUCCCGUCUCCAGCAGGGCGUUCCCCUGUGUGAGGGCCGUGAGCGUGGAGGGAGAGACGGCAGUGGAGGAGGCGGUGGAGGCUGUUCCCGAGAGCACCGAUGCCGUCGCUGAGCAAGCGCCAGCUCCCGCUGCUGCUGCUGCUGAGGAGAAGACGGAGGAGAGGAAGGCGCGGCCUGGGGCUACCAGGAGGAGAAAGGUUACAGUGAACGUUGAGGACCUCCAGCCCGGCCAGGAGCUCACGGGCAAAGUUCGUUCGGUGAAGCCGUACGGAGCCUUCGUUGACAUUGGCGCCUUUACCGACGGCCUCGUCCACAUCUCCCAGCUCGCGGCCGGUUUUGUAAACAAGGUGGAGGAUGUGGUAACCGUCGGGCAGGAGGUUGUAGUGCGAGUGAUCGAGGCCAGCAAGGAGUCCGGCCGCAUCGCGCUCACCAUGCGCGACCCGGAGGCGGAGCGCGUGGCGGCGGAGGAGACGGCGGCGGUGGAUGCGGAGCGGAAGGCGUCGGCGCAGCAGCGGCGGUCGGAGCCCCGCCAGGAAGGCGCGGAGGGAGACGCGCCUGAGAGGAAGGUUGCGGGCAGGGGGCGCAGGCAGCAGCGGGAGGAUCAAAAGCCGACGCAUAACUACAAGAAGGGGCAGAAGGUGAAGGGCGUGGUGAAGAACCUGACGUCGUACGGAUGCUUCGUGGAGCUCGAGGGGAAGGUGGAGGGGCUUCUUCACGCCUCCGAGAUCACCGCUGGAGGCGACAUGGUGCCUGUGGAGUCGCUGGUUUCGGUGGGCCAGGAGCUCGAGGUCACAAUUGCCAAGGUUGAGAAGAACCGCAUCAGCCUGACAAUGAAGGAAGAGGUCGAUGUGACCCUCUUCAACGAGACGAGCCCCCAGGACGAGGAGAUCCGCGCGCUCAACCCCUUCGAAGCCGCCUUCCCCUCUUCGUCUUCUUCUAACCGCCGAUUUCCCCCUCCCCCCAUCACCAGCCCCCAGGAUGAGGAGAUCCGCGCGCUCAACCCCUUCGAGGCGGCCUUCCGUCGCGCCAAUCUCGUCACGGACGCCCCCCGCCGCGCCCCCGCCGCUGCUGACGCGGAGGAGGAGCUGCUGGUGGUGGAAAAGAAGGAAACAGCUGAGGCAGCGGUACAGACAGUGGCGGAGGCUGUAGAAGAGGCAGCUGCGGAAGCAGCAGAGGCAGUGACGGCUGCUGUGGAGGAGGAGAAGAAAGAGGAGAAGGUAGAGGAGGAGGCGGUUGCUGUGCCGCUCGAGGCUGUUGCUGCUGCUGAGCCUGCUGCGGCUGAAGCUGUUGCGGAAGUGGCGGAGGCUGUGGUGAUGGAGGAUAUCCCGGCUGUGGAAGAGAAGGAGGAGGCUGCUCCUGCUCCUGCCGCCACCCCCGCAGCAGGUAGCAGUGAGUAG